UGUUAUACGGCACUGAAGUGGAACGCGCGCUGAAGUGUACCUUGUCACUGCUUGUCGGGCUUCUGGAGAGACGUAAACUAAGUGAUUUUUGCUACUUUUUUUUAAAAAUUAAGAUACCGACUUAAAGCAAUUGCGACUUGAGUCAAGUCUACGCACAUACAUGUACCAUGAACUUGUAACCUUGAAUGGCUGUGUCGACGACGUGUACACUACUAACAAGAACAUGUAAGUACGAAACGCAAUGUGUAUUGGCCUUGACGUUGUACUUGGUGGUUAUCCUCUUCAGAACUCCUCGAGGAAGUCUAACUAAGAGGCUUGGAAAGUGGCAUAUUCAACUAAAUCAAGGAUUUGAAUUGAUUGUGUUUAGGGCAUUGAUGACAGGUUGUCACGCUGAAACUACAUCCAGAAGGGAAGAGAACAUGGAAACGAAAUCACUGCCGAGUCUGUUCAACAAUCAGGACCACUUUGAUAAGGCGUACAAAGUCUUCUGCGCUCGGUCUGCCAAAUUCAAGACGUACUGUGACUGGGUGGACGGUGUGUUUAGCGAGGCGGUGGUUGGUAGGCUCCAGGUCACACUGGACGGAGAAGAAGAGCUACGGGUCAUGGGAGUAGGCAGUGGGUCAGGUGAGAUGGAUUGUUUGAUGUUGGAGCAGCUCAAAAGGCGUUUCCCGCUCAUCAAUAAUCGUGUAGUUGACCCUUCUCAGAAGUUGCUGGUCCAAUACAAGGCAUUUGCUCAAACGAAGGCUCACCAGCUACACGGUGUUAAGUUUGACUUUCGGCAGCAGACUAUUGAGCAAUACCAAGAGGCGGGAUAUGUGACCAAGUUCCAUUUCAUCAGCGCAGUUCACUCCAUGUACUUCGUUGACAACUUUGAUAGCUCCGUGAUGUAUCUGUACGACUUACUGAUCCCAGGAGGAGCAUUACUUGUGAUCCUAAGGCAAGAAAACAACGGAUGGCAGCGAUUUCUGGACCGCUUUCCUCAACUUUAUGGUCGGGCCUGUUGUCACCUACAAGUAACUUCGAGGGAUUUACUCAAUUUAUUGGACCGCCGUGGUAUCCCGUACACGCAGUACCACCAACCCACGAGCUGCGACAUCACCAAGUGCUUCGACGAAGCUUCCGAGGAAGGCAGCCUGCUGGUGGAUUUCCUGACCCAAACAGUUCACUUCAAGGAGGCGGCGGCCGAAGACGAACAGAGAUCAAUGAUGGAGUAUCUUGCAAGCAGCGACUGCUCCGAGAGGAAAAAUGAGGCCAUACUGCUGAACAUUCCCCGGGAUGCAGUAGUAAUAAUUAAGCAACAAGAAUUCAAUUAAUUUUAUCAACAAUAAUCAAGCCACUAUACAAAUACAAAAUUUCCGAAAAGUUAUUUCUUUAAACUGGGCCGGAAAAGUUACCUCAAACCUGUGGAAAGUUACUUCAAAGUGAACUCAUUGCGUCCAAGCUUGUGCAGAUCACACCAUAGAGCAAGGACCCAAGGAGU